UUGCCGAGCGCGGGCGCGGGGGGCGGAGCUCGGCGCCGACGGGGAAGGGGUCGCCGGGGCUCCAGCUCCUCGAGUUGGGGGUUCCCUCCGGCGCUGCUAGGCAGGCGUGGAGUCCGCAGAGCGGGUGGCCGUGGUCGCCCGGGGGCACGCUCAGCCGCGGGUAGAGGCGACAUGAGUGCUGCGGGGCUGUUGGCUCCGGCUCCGGCCCCGGCUGGAGCGCCGCCGGCCCCGGAGUACUACCCGGAGGAGGACGAGGAGCUGGAGAGCGCCGAGGACGACGAGCGCAGCUGUCGGGGCCGCGAGUCCGACGAAGACACCGAGGAUGCUAGUGAAACUGACCUGGCAAAGCAUGAUGAAGAAGACUACGUAGAAAUGAAGGAACAGAUGUAUCAGGACAAACUGGCUUCUCUCAAGAGGCAGCUACAACAGCUGCAGGAAGGUACCUUGCAGGAGUAUCAGAAGAGAAUGAAAAAACUGGAUCAGCAGUACAAAGAGAGGAUCCGAAAUGCAGAGCUCUUCCUCCAGCUGGAAACCGAGCAAGUGGAAAGAAAUUACAUUAAAGAAAAGAAGGCAGCAGUGAAGGAAUUUGAAGACAAGAAGGUUGAGCUGAAAGAGAACCUAAUUGCUGAACUAGAAGAAAAGAAAAAAAUGAUUGAAAAUGAAAAGCUAACAAUGGAGCUGACUGGAGAUUCUAUGGAAGUGAAGCCCAUCAUGACCAGAAAGUUGCGGAGGCGACCAAAUGAUCCUGUCCCCAUCCCAGACAAGAGGAGAAAACCUGCUCCUGCUCAGCUAAACUAUUUGUUAACAGAUGAACAGAUCAUGGAGGAUCUGAGAACAUUAAAUAAGCUUAAGUCACCCAAGAGACCAGCAUCCCCAUCCUCUCCUGAACACUUGCCUGCGACACCUGCAGAGUCUCCAGCCCAGAGAUUUGAGGCUCGAAUAGAAGAUGGUAAACUGUAUUAUGAUAAAAGAUGGUACCACAAGAGCCAGGCCAUCUAUCUGGAGUCAAAGGACAACCAGAAACUGAGCUGUGUGAUCAGCUCGGUCGGAGCCAAUGAGAUCUGGGUGAGGAAGACCAGCGACAGCACCAAGAUGAGGAUCUACCUGGGCCAGCUGCAGCGCGGGCUCUUCGUGAUCCGCCGGCGCUCAGCGGCUUGACUCCCGCCGCGCUCCCUCCCCCGGCCCUUUUUCUGCCGUGGUUUUUGUUUGUUUUGUUUACUUCUUAAUAGAAAAAAUUUAACUUACUGGGAAUAACUUCUUGGCCUUGAAGUGAAGAACCCUCGUGGACUCUGCGGGGUACUUUGUGGCCGGUCCCUUCCACCUUCGUGUCGUUUUUCCUGCCUCAGCCUCUUCCCAGACGUCAGUUGCCAGGGACUGUCGUUUUCAGGAGUAUUGGGGCGUUUGAUUUCCUUUCCUUUUCUUUCUUUGUUUGCUUAUGCUUUGUCUGUUGUUUAGCCCCCUCUGAGUUUGCAGAAACAGCGCUGUGAGUUCAUCCUUCUGCCUUGGAGAAGCGGAGGCGCUCGCCCUGGUGCAUUUCCACGUUUGAAUCUGCUUAGCGGAUCCCGAGCUACCGCCCUGGUCGAGCGCCCUCGCUGUUUCCCCAGAAGCUGGGGCAGAGGUCCUGGCAGAGGGAGGUUAAUUCUCCUGGCGCUCAGCCUUCUUGGAGAGGGAAAUGCCUGUGUGACAUCUGGCACAUGCCAUCCCUUCCACUGGCUGAGCGAGGGGACGUUUGCCUGGGAGACUGUGCGUUGAAGUAAAUGGGGCAGGGGAGGGACAUUCAUUUCAUAAUGUGCUGGAGUCACCACAUUUUAAAUGUGAUUUAACGCAGGCAGUUUUUCCACACACAUUUUGUUCUAGCUUGGGCUGGAAUGGGAAGCGGUAAUUUCAGAAGAUUUUAUUUGAAGUGUCUUUCUCUCCCCGGUUCCCAAGUAGAUGGAAGGAGCGCGCGCCAUAGGCCGAUCACCUGGUGUCUCCUCUAGGUGGGGCGCAGAGGUGGGUAGUGCAGUGAUUGGCCACCUGUAGACUCACAGGCCAUUGGGGCAUCACCUUGGUUGCUGAUGCCGCUACUGUACACUGGCCGUCCCACACCAUGGCACCUUGUCUCAGGUCCAGGCCCUCACAGCCUAUCAGGAGACCUGGUCCACUCAGAGACGGAAGCCGCCAUGGCCACUGCCAAACACCUGCACUUGUCCCCACAUGUCCCCAGGACGCCGCCUUCCCUGCACUCCCUGCUCCUUCCCCGUGGGUGACGGGGUUGUCCGUGGUCCGUGUGCAUCAUGAGAUGUGUGAGGAACUCGGGUCGGAGCGCCGGCUGGCGUCGGGGCAGUCUAGACCUUAGGAAGACGUUGAGUGGCCCCCUCGGCUCAGUCCUGGGCCUCUCUCUGCAUCGUCUGCUGUACAAACCCACCGCAGGUGGGGCUCUGAGGACUCACUUAGCCUCUGCGUCCUGGCUUCCGGGAGCAAACCUGCUGAAUCCGUAAAGACGCCGACAGAUGCCAUUUUGUUUCUGUCUUAAUUUUCCUCAUUUUUUCUGGUGUUUAGAAAAGUUGCCUGGCGGCUCUGUUUCCUCUCCGCCCUCCAGCCCCCCAGUGUUAAACCACGUUGACUGCCGUGAGCCAGGUCAGGCAAGUGAGCUUCCCCUGCCCCUGAGGGCCUUUGCUGUGAGGGAGGACUUGCUGGGAUCACCGCUGGCGUGUGGCACCGUGGGGCCCGUAGCUGCCAUUUACCUUCAGGUGCCCCGUGAAGGAGGCUUAUUUUGAUACACUUGGUGUGUUUUUGCCAUUGAACUUUUCUGUAACGAUCACCUCCCUGUCCUCAGGGACGGUGUACCAAAGUGCGUUCCUCCUGGAGGGGACGGUGUCCACAGCCCUGGGGUUCCGCGUCGAGCGGCAGGUUGCCUCUUCCCCUCGCCUUGUCUGGGGCCCUUCGGUGCUUUUGUGAAGUGACCAUCUGUUUGAAGGCCAGGGUUUGGUGCUUCUGCCUUCUCUCUCCUGUUCACUCUUUGGGGUACGGGAGACCACACAGAGAGAGGGCCUCCGCCCAGCCGCUGCCUCCUCCGCUUCCUCUCAGCCCCGAGUCGAUCUGGUGAAAACGGGCAAAGGUGAGGUAGACUUGACGCAGCACAGGAAGUUAUAUUCCCAGUCCCAGAUUUAAGUUUUAUUUAGUCACCUCAAAGGUGAAGAAUUGGCAACCGAACUGUUCCAACUGGCCUCUGGUGACCAGGGGCAGAAUAAGCCCUGUCAGUAGACGGAGGGCCUUCUGUGACGGGCAGCGGAGCGAGGUUCCUGGAGGAGGCCGGCUUCCCACCCGGUGGCACAGCAGGCGGCGCCCACGUCAGGCGUCCUGCCAGGGACCCUAGGAAACGGGCUGGACCAGACAGCUCUGCCUCCGCUGCGCUCGGGUUUCUUGGGUGUGUCCAGGAUUUGCUGUCCCUCGCCUUGGGGUCGGGUGCCCUCCCGCGCCCUCCUCUCCAGAGAGAUUUCUGUAGCCAUACCAAAGCCAGGGCGUUCGCUUCCCUUGGAUCCCGUAUUUAUGGACUAACUACCUAGCUCAGUUCUUUAUAAACUUCUGCCUAGGACCAGUGCAAGAUCCCAGAGGCUGAUCUGUGUUCGGGAUUGGGGGAUUUUCUAAGGGAAAUAAGGGGGUUGGGUGGGGUCGAUUGCAUCUUUUUUUUUUCACCUAACUCUGGGUGCGGUGGGGGGGGCGGGGGAAUCCUAUUUUUUACAAUGUUUUUUGUUUUGUUUUUCUUUUAACGUUUCCUUUUAGCCUUGAAUUUUUAUGAAAUGAUUUCCUCCUUAUUUAAAAAUUUUUGUUUCAUUUGGGAUUUAAAAUCUUGGUACUUUGUGUUACACCGAUUUUUUCCAAAGGCUUCAAACCAUUUUAAUACCAGAACAUGGUAAAAUUGCAGCCAUUUCAAGCAGCUGGUGGGCUUUUUAUAUAACAUUAUUAGCUGGUACCAUUCAAUAUUCUGAGAAGUGAAUGUAAAAUGUGUCAUUAAGUUUUUUUUUUUUUUUUUUCUAAAUAAACUUUCCAAGAGGAAACCAGCG